GACGCCCCUCGCUCUCUCCCUCUCUCUCUAUAUCUCUCUCCCUCUCACUCUGCCUACAAAACCAGCCUCGCUCUGUCGUCCGUUCCCUUUUCUACCAUGGAGAUGUUAUUUAGAAGGUGGCGCUAGGCUCGUCUUUCUUUUAUUUCAUUUUAUUUAUUUUUUUACUUUCUCAUACUGAUAUGUACGACCAUCUGGAUCCGCGCUCGGCCGAGAGAGAGAGGCUUUUAGUUGGUAUAAUACAAGGAAGCGUCGCCUGAGAGAGGGAGAGAGAGGGGGAAGGAUUGACGCUUUUCCUCCUCUCCUACUCCUCCUCCUUCCUUUCGCCCCCCCUCUCCUCCUCUUUUUGGCGGAGAGAGGGGUUGAGGCUGGAAUAAACGCUUUUUUUUUGUUUUUGGAUUUUUUUAAUGCCUUUGAAUCCUACUGCGCAAUCAGACCGGAUCACGUGGGACUGGAGCGAGUUGGAUCGAUUUUGCACAGUUCAAUAGGAGAGAGAGGAAAACAGAGAGAGAGAAACUAACAACUCUUAUUUCUUGUUUGUGUUUUUUCUUCUACUUCUGUGGAUAACUGUGACUGUUGAUACUUUUUCUUUUUCGUGCCGUUAUUGCCAGAGAAGUGGGUGUUUGAGUGGCUUCUUUCUUUCAGCCUUGGAGGUGAGGAGUAUUAAUUCUUAUAUGCCUGGGUUUUGAAAAACAAUGGAGACGCACAUCUCGUGCCUCUUCCCGGAAAUUUUGGCCAUGAUUUUCAGUUAUCUGGACGUGAGGGACAAAGGCAGGGUGGCCCAAGUGUGCAUCGCUUGGAGGGAUGCAUCCUACCACAAGUCAGUGUGGAGGGGGGUGGAGGCCAAGCUGCACCUCCGCCGGGCCAAUCCCUCCCUGUUCCCCAGCCUCCAGGCCAGGGGCAUCCGGAGGGUCCAGAUCCUCUCCCUGCGCCGCAGCUUGAGCUAUGUGAUCCAGGGAAUGCCCAACAUCGAGUCCCUCAACCUGUCCGGCUGCUACAACCUCACAGAUAACGGGCUGGGCCACGCGUUUGUGCAGGAGAUCCCAUCACUGAGGGUUCUGAACCUGAGUCUGUGCAAGCAGAUCACAGACUCCAGCCUUGGCAGAAUAGCUCAGUACCUGAAGAACCUGGAGGUGCUGGAGCUCGGAGGCUGCAGCAACAUCACCAACACUGGGCUUCUCCUCAUAGCUUGGGGCCUGCACAGGCUCAAGAGCCUCAACCUGAGGUCCUGCCGGCAUGUCUCGGACGUGGGGAUUGGACAUCUGGCGGGCAUGACCCGCAGCGCGGCAGAGGGCUGCCUGAACCUGGAGUACCUGACUCUGCAGGACUGUCAGAAACUGACGGACCUGUCACUCAAGCACAUUUCCAAGGGGCUGACCAAGCUGCGGGUCCUGAACCUGAGCUUCUGUGGUGGGAUCUCAGACGCGGGGAUGAUCCACCUCUCCCACAUGGCCUCCCUGUGGAGCCUCAACCUGCGGUCCUGUGACAACAUCAGUGACACGGGGACCAUGCACCUCGCCAUGGGAACCCUGAGACUCUCCGGACUUGACGUUUCCUUCUGUGACAAGAUAGGGGACCAGACCCUGGCGUACAUCGCCCAAGGGCUGUACCAGCUCAAGUCGCUGUCCCUGUGCUCGUGUCACAUCUCGGAUGACGGGAUAAACCGCAUGGUGAGACAGAUGCACGAGCUGAGGACCCUGAACAUCGGACAGUGUGUGCGUAUAACGGACAAAGGGCUGGAGCUCAUAGCGGACCACCUGACCCAGCUGGCAGGCAUUGACCUGUAUGGAUGUACCAAGAUCACCAAAAGGGGACUGGAGAGGAUCACACAGCUCCCCUGCCUUAAAGUAUUGAACCUGGGACUCUGGCAGAUGACAGAGAGUGAGAAAGUGAGGUGAUUGGAAAUGUUGUUUUGUGUGUGUGCGUGUGUGUGUGUGUGUUCUCUUUUUCCUAGUUUUUUUUAAAGGGGGACAGACGGGCAGGAGAAGGGGAACUGUGGACGGGUGGGAAAACUUAUUUUUCUGAUUUGAAAAGAGAGGGAGAACCCUUCUUUUCCCCCUGCUCUGUUAAAGGUGCGCUUCUCCCAUGUUGCCAGAAUGUUCUGUCAAAAUAUUUUCCUUUCAUUUUGCCGUGCAGGAUCUACACGAGUGUUUGCUAUGACUUCAUAUUCUAAUAGGGAGAAAUAAAAAAGACAAAAACUGCUUUUUUUUCUUGUAAAAAUCCACAUUUGCGUUUAUUUCUUAGCCACAUAUUGAGGGUUUUUUUUUAACGUCGCACCAAAUUUCCAACACCGGGCUGGAUUAAUAACUUCAACGCGGUGUCGCUCUCUGCACACGUGCGAAUAAUCUGCUGCGUUUACUGACACUUGCUUCCACGUAGCGGCGAUCUAAAAAAAGUGAACCUGUGAACCUGCAUCCAUGAUUUAAGGCAAAGUUAAGUUUGGUUUUUCUUUCAAAAACUUGAGUGUGAGACUUUUAUUUUUGACAGUGAGUCUGGAUCUUCGCUACAGCCAUCACGCCUAAAACAAAAAAAAACACAAAAAUAACAUUUGGCUACCUCGUAUGUGGUUGUUUUCAAAGGGUGUAUACUGUUAAAAAAAAAAACAAAAAAAAAGGAAGGGGGAAAG